CGGGUGCGCCUGGACUUCCAUCAUCAGGGUUCCAUCCUCCAAAGCCCUGUUACCUGAGGCCUAAGGCCCCAGAAAGAGGCAGGAAGGUCAAUUUCAGAUACCCUCCCAGCCCCGCCUCUUUUCUCUCCCCCCUCCCGCCUCCAGCCAGCUCAGCUUCCUCUCUGUGAAGAAACACUUUCACUUCCUGCUCCUUUAGGCCUCCCCUCGGAGAAUAGGUAGAGGCCCCCAGGGACCCAGCAGCUGGCAUUAUUACCCCCCACCUCCACCCGUGCCUCCUUUGGUAUUCUUAAACAGCUCCCAUCCUGCUCUGCCCAGCACCAGCCACCUCCUCUCCGGUCUCAUGGGACCCAGGUGAGCAUCUGCCUCCUUUCCCCACCCCUCUUGCCUGCUCCUCCUGGACAAGCGCCUGCUCUGGUUCCCCCUUCCUAACACCUGGGCUUCUGGUCAGCAGGCUGGUUGAUUUGUUAAGCUGUUUAUUAUCCACCUUCUCUACCCACCCUGAAGAUGGAUGUCCCUGAGAGCAGGCCUAUUCUGUCCCCAGGCCACAGGCACCUAAUUCUGGGCCUGAACUUCAUGUUUGUGGGAUGCAUGGAUGCCUGGGUGCAUGGACCCAGGUCUCCUAUUUCCGGGAGUGCUACAGGGGGAAUGUUCAAAAAUGCCCACCUCAACUGGUAACCUCACUAGUAACCCACUAUAGGACUCUGUACCUGGUUAAGAGUUGGGAUCCGAUGGACAGAUAGAGGGAUGGCUAUGUGAAAAAGCAAAGAUUAAAAUAAUGGUAGAAUCUAGGUAGUGGGCAUAAAUUCUUUUCCGUUUUUCUUUUUUUAAUGUUUGAAGUUUUUAAUAAAAAAAAAAUGGGGCAAUAUUUGAGGGCCCCUCUGUGGUCUAGGAAGGGAGGAGGAGGGGAAGUUGUAUAACUUUGUCUCAUGGAGCCUACUAGGCACUGUGUUCUGGCUAGGCUUGUUACUCAACUGGUCCAUAUUCACACGUCUGCACUAGAUAUUAAAACCUGAGAUAUUUCCCUGCCAUUUGGUAAAUGCUUGUCAUUUUGAGUCCUCUCCCUCUCCCCCCACCCCAAGACACGCUGACUUUCCUCCUGGCAUGCCCAGAGCACGCCACCAUCCAGUGGUGAAAGAAUCCACACCUGGCACUGCAAGGAGCCUUAGGUCCAUUUUGAUUGGUCAGGGUCUCUGCCAUGUUGGUUGGAAAUAUUUUGAACAUAACCCCUGAACUAGAGCAGCCUUGAGCCUUAUCUUCCUCCCUGCCAGAGGCCAGGCCAUGGCUUGCUGGCCUCCCACAUCCUGAGGAUGGCCCAACCAGAGGACCAAGCCUUGGCAGCCCCCACCCAUGGGGAGAGACUGGUCCCAUCACAGGAGAAUGGGGCAGGAGAGACCUGCUUAGGGGUUCUUGGGGGCCCAGAGCCACUUCUUCGGCUGCAGAGGACCUGGGGAGUGUGGCAGGUUCCAGAGCUGGAUGCCCAGGCUGCAGAAGCCCUUUUGGAGCUGUGGCCACCCGGGAGUUUUCUGGUCACAGGACAGGAACCCUGCCAGGUCCUGGUGUUGAGGACAGGACCUUCUCCAGGGGAAGUCAACACCUAUCAGAUCCAGAAGCUUCCUGGAGGCGUGUCUCUGGAAUCCUCUCACCUCUGCAUGCCAGACCUUCCCCAUCUCCUGGCCUUCCUGUCAGCCAGCAGGGACGUUUUGCCCAGAACACUGCUCUUGCCCCCUCCCACUCUAGGGUCUGGGGAACAACACGCAGAUACUCUGCAGAAUGGCAGUGUCCAACUCGGCACCUCAGAGAGGAUGAUCUCUGUGGUGAACAAGCUCUACCUGGAGACCCACAGAGGACAAGGGGUGCUAUCUCCCCCAGAGACAGCUCCAGAAACGACCAAGAGAAGUGAUCCUGCCCCCAGGAGCACUUCCCCUCAUCGGGUCUCCUGGGUGGAAGGCCCGCUCAGCCCAGAGGCACCCCAUCCUGGGCCAGCUCUGGCCAGCCUGAGGGAGGAGGACGACGACCAGGAAGAAGAAGGGCCGGAGGAUGUGCUUACUAGUCAUGUCCAGGCCCUGGCCAGGGCCCGGAGCAGCUAUGUGGCCAAGCAGUUCCGAGGCCUUCAGGCGCGCCUCGCAUCAGAAGCUGAGGGCCCCCACAGGCCUGGGGACCCUGCCAUGGAGCUGCUCCAGGAUGUGCGGCACCUCCUUAUCGACCUCCAGGAUCACUUGGCAAAGGACCCCAAUGUGAGGGCUAUCUUUGGAAGCAGAGGACCUGGGGUCCCCCAGAAGAACGAGGAGGAUCUUGGCCCCGCGGUGGAGGCGGCCUUGUGCCGGGCAGUGCUGGCGCCACUGAGGCCGGCCUUGUGGGCUCGACUCCGCAAGCUCAGGGCCCCAGAGCUGAGGCGGCUGCGGAGGCAGCAAACAGCCUUGCGGGCAGAGGCGGGGCCUCCUGCAGCUCAGGGGGCGGGGCCUGAGGGGCAGGGCCCCGCCCCCGCCCUGCGGCUCCGCAUCCACGCACGCCUCCAGCACCUCCACGCGGCCUGUGCCCCACGCCGCAAGGUGGCGUUGCUGCUGGCGAUGUGCAGGGACAUCUACGAGGGCCUGGCUUCGGGCAAGAAACCAGAGUCCCUGGGCGCCGACGCCUUCCUGCCGGCGCUGACCGAGGAGCUUAUCUGGAGUCCGGACAUAGAGGAGACACAGCUGGACGUGGAAUUCCUUAUGGAGCUCCUGGAUCCUGAAGAGCUACUGGGAGAAGUUGGUUACUAUCUGACCACGUGGUUUGGGGCCCUGCACCACAUAGCCCACUAUCAGCCCGAAGCUGGACGCGCACCCCAGGAGCUCAGUUCUGAGGCCAGUGCCACUCUGUGCCAGUGGCAUCGCAGGCGAACGCUACAGGGGCAGGGCCACUCCAGAGCCCAGCCUGAUCUGCCCUUUGAGGAACCCUGGGAAAUUCAGACUGUGCCAAGAGACCAAUGAUGAAUAGGGAUCUCAAACCUUUCUGCUCUUCAAGCAAGAUGCAGAGGCACCUGUUGUUUAGGAGCAGCAGGAAGAGGCGGUCCCAGGAAAAGGGGCUUUGCAUUGGCUGUUCCUGCGUCCUGGAUGCCCUUCCCUCAUUU